AUGAAGUUUGGAUCGAAGCUAGAAUCAUUCCUCAUAAAGCAAUGGGCUGAUAAAUACAUCAGAUACAAGUACCUGAACAGGUUGUUAAAAGGAGCAUAUCAUUUUAAGCACCUGGCAAACGCGGACGUGAACGAUGAGGACCUGAAGUUGCAAGCGGAGCUUUUCUCACUGGACCAGGACACACAAAAUGAAACGGAAUCGGAACUAUCCCUGCAGCAGAGAGAUGAAGGCACGUUCCCAGAAGAAGCACCGAGUGAGGCAAAAAUUAGCGAAGCCAGUUUGGUGCCAGGGCUGGUGUCGAUACCAAUACCGGAGGAAAAGGAGAUGGAGUUUGAAAGCCCAAGCGAAGCGUUGAGGCCGAACAGAGAGGAAUCAUUUAAAUCGCAAAUACCAAGCAUAGAUACGGACGACGCGCCUGACGUGAUAAAGCUGGUGGUGGAUGUGUACGAGGAGAAGGGACACCUGGACUUUGAGGAAAUACCGCAGCUGAAGAAGUCGCCAACAGCACUCUCGAAGUCGAACAGUAGCCUGGAUAUGAAGAUGCGCGAGUCGCUGAGGAAGCUGGAAAGCUUCGUGGAAGACUCGGAGUACUCGUACGAAGAGCAGCGAGAGUCGAUUAACGGAGAAGUCAGCGACGCGGGAGACCCGAGAGACUCGGAGCAAAGCCUGGUGCCGCUGGAAAGCAUCGAGAAGACAAACACGAGCGUGUCGCUCUUCCAGCUGGCGAACGUGAGGGCGAGGAAGAAGAAGGACGCAGCAAGGAAGGCCUUCUUCAAGAACAUGUCGAUCUUCAAGGACUUCACGCCGCUAAAGUCGGAGCUCGAAGUGUCGACUUCAGCGAAGAGGCCGUUCAAGACGAAGUCGGAGGUGACGGCAGACUCACUGGCACUCUUUGACAUGGCGCUGAGAGAAGACAUAAGGACAGUGGUGCUGCACUACGCCUCGGAAAUGGAGUACAUCUCAGUGCUUAUCAACUUCCUGAGGAAGGACAUAGUUAACAGAGGAGGGCACCUGGAGGAGCCGUACAAGAGGCUGGCGCAGAAGGCAAUCACGGCACUGUGGGACUCGUGCGACAAGCUCAAGUCGUACCUGAACACGAACAUCCUGGCAGUGUACAAGCUGCUGAAGAAGAAGGACAAGCUGCUGGAGACGAGGGACCUGGAGGACCUGUACCCGAAGUACAAGGAAAUCUUCCUCUCGGUGGACACGUUCAAGGAGACGAACGCGUCGAUACUCUCGCUCUACAACCUGGUCUCGGAGCCGAAACAGGUGGACUUCGACAAGAUCAAGAAGGACGUGGAGUCCUCGCUAGACUCGAAGUUCAUCCCGGCCUACUACCUCUCCUACAUCAUGGGCCUCUGCACAGUGCUCUUCGUGGUCGACUUGCUGCUGUGCUGGGCGCACUUCAGAGCGAACUCAAAGUACCCGACAGUGCUCUCACAGCUGCCGAUAUUCAGAGUCUUCUUCGUCUUCGGGAUCAUCUGGUACGGAAUAGGCUGGUGCCAGGGGUACCUGGAGCAGCACGGAGUAAACUACCAGUUCCUCUUCAAGCUGAGUAACAACUACAACGUGUCGAGCAGAGACUUCUACUUCUUCGGAGCGCUGCAGACCUUCAUCUGCCUGUUCAUGUUCUUCCUGUUCCUGCUGGACUGUAAAAUAGGACUCUUCGGGACGCACAACCUGUACUUCAUCUACCCAAUAGUACUCAUCGUGCUCUCGUUCGGAGUGGUGCUCCUGCCGAAGAAAAACUUUAAGCUGAAGCUGAGGAGGAAGAUGGUGUACGCAAUCUUUAGGUCGCUGAUGUCGCCAAUAUGCAUAGGACCGCCAGUGUCGCUGGAGGACAGUAUACUGGGCGAUGUGUACACGUCGCUCACGAAGCCGUUCGUGGACCUGCUGUACGUGGUGUCGUACCUGACCUACGGAGCGUGGAAAAAGUGCACACACAUGCACCCAGCUCUGAAGACGUGGGCGGUUCCAGUGGUUCUGAUACUCCCGUUCUUUCUGCGGUUCUCACAGUGUCUAAGGAGGUACAUCAAGGAGCACCUGUGGCUGCACAUGGGAAACAUGAUCAAGUACGUAUCGGCGAUGAUAUGCGUGAUAAUAUCGUCAAUAAAGUGGAGCUCUCUGACGCAGGUACAAAGCUCGGCGCUUAUCGUGACGUGCUACCUGGUGGCAACGCUGUACAACUUCCUGUGGGACUACUUCAUAGAUUGGGGCCUCUCGCUGCCGCCGAACAUAUUUAAGAGGAGGAACAACAGGAAGAUGUACGGAAAGAAAUCGUACUACCUGGCGUGCCUGGUGAACCUAUUAUGUAGGUUCACGUGGGCGCUCACAGUCACGCCGUUCACGCUGAUGGAGGACAGAGACAUAUCGGUGAACAUACUGAUCCUGAUCAUCUCAAUCAUUGAAAUAUUCAGACGUAUAGUGUGGGUGACGUUCCGAAUGGAAACGGAGCACUUGCUCAACUCGUACAAGUAUCGCACGGCCCUGUGGGUACCGAAGCUGUAUAAGUGUAAGUCAGUGAUAGUGAACGAACUCUCAAUACUAAACAAAAGAUCACUGAACGGAAACAUGUAA